AUGUGCGAAAGCGUACAGAGGGAGGAACAGGAAGAUAACGAAGACAGAGCGCCGAUCUGGAGCAGCUACAAACUGAUUGUGGAUCCAGUGUUGAAUGGUGGGAAAGAAAAGCUCUACCGCUAUGAUGGACUGCAUUUCAGCGUACCUAAUGCAGACGUUUUUCCACCAGAAGUCAAAGACCCAAGAUUUGCUCGCAUUUGGAUCAAAUUCAAAGAGACAGAUCUGCCAGUCCCCAAGUUCAAGAUUGAUGAGAAUUAUGUUGGUCCACCAAAAGAGGUGACGUUCGCCAGGUUAAACGACAACAUCAAAUCUGGUUUCUUAAUGGACAUGUGCAGAAAGUUUGGAGAGGUUCAACACUUGGAGGUUUUGUACAAUCCUGUAAACAAAAAACAUUUAGGAUUAGCCAAAGUCAUAUUUGAAAGUGUCCGAGCCACCAAUGAGGUCGUGCAGAAACUUCACAACACAUCAGUUAUGGGAAUCACCAUUCACGUAGAGUUGGACCCUAAAGGAGAGAAGAGGACGAGAUAUUUCCAGCUGCUUGUAAGUGGGCUUUACACGCCCUUCACCUUUCCUUUAGGGGACGAGGCCUGGAGACCACAGUCACCAUCCUACACUUCAGACUCUCUUACUGAGGAUGAACUGGUUAAACGUCUGACCCACGGGUUGUUGUCUUCUUCUCUAUCCUCAUCCUCAUUUCUCCUUGGCUCCACCCCAUUUGAUGUCUCCACACCGAUGUCUAUGGACACUGCCUACUCCAGCAUGCAUCAAGACACACCCAGCAGCUUCUGCCAGGAUACGCCCCACUCCUCGCCCGUGUCUUUCGUGUCUCACAGUAACCCAGGAACCCCUCCACAAUGCAGGGGGAAUGAAACAGAUACCCACAUACACACGGAUACACCCGGAUUAAAAACCCAGUCUGAUUCUCAGCCCUUGUAUCGCAAUCCUCACCUGGUACAGCUGACCCCACACACGCCCAACACAAGGCCAGGGGCUCAGAACGUAUCUACCUCCCAGUCUCACCAGACGGGCAGAACUCCUCGUGGUAGGCACAGGGGUCAAGUGUGGGGUGCCAAAUAUCAGAAUGCGUAUAACCGCAGGCCUGAACAUCGCUAUGUGCACAGACCAGGAUUUAACAGUUCCCAUUAUCGUUCUGGCAACAAUUUAGUGCCAUUAGGACCUGCAGCAGCUCAGACGCAGAUGGAUAUAUCUUCCAAGAAACGUACAGAAGCUUUGGGACAAAAAGUGACACCUUUUAUUAGUAAAGCCUUAAACACUCCUAGUCGGCCAUCUACAGGAAUCAAAGUCAAGGAGCCAAUUACACCAGUUUCCCCCAGAGUCAGUACACAUCAUAAACAAACAUACAGGAAGAUUGUGGACAAUGCUGUGCACAUAAAACCAUCUCGCACCUCGUAUAAUUCUCCUCCUCAUGUGCCCAUGGACACAUCUGUUACCCAAACCCCAAAACAAUGUUCCUCUCCAGGGCCAGAAAAAAGCCCUUUAAUUGCAGCACCUUCUCCAGACCCGGUUCCAAGCAGCCUGGAUUCUCGCAUCAAGAUGCUUCUGGGUAGUCCAGAUCCUUUCCCGAAUGGAGAAAUUUUAGAUUCUGAGGGUCGUGUUUCUCCAGACAUUCCUCCUUCUUCUGAACCCCUUGAUGUGUCAGCCUCUCUGAAUUGCAGUUCCAGUCAGUUUAGCUCUACACUGAAUCAGCAGGCCUCGCCUGGGUCGGGAAUCGAAGACGUGAGUCCUUUCCCUCUCCCAGACUCAGCAGAAGAACAAGAAGAGUCUGAAUCAGACAAUAAAGGUCCUUCCAGGAUACCUGUGAUUUCAAACAUGUGUUUAACGACACGCUCAGCACAUCCAUCUUAUCACACACCUACGCUGUUCCUACAAGAGGGUGAAACCUUAGUUCAUCCAACUGACCCUGAACCCCACAGUGAAAGUGCUGCUCCUGUAUUCCAAAUGCCCCCUCCUCCUGUUUUAUUACCUCCACCUGGUUUUCUGCCUCCAAAUUUACCUCUUUGUGGACCUCCGCCCUCCUUACUGCCUCCUGUUCCAUCCUUGCUAAAUUCUUCCUCUUCAAAUCCCUCAGUACCACCUUCACUUUUUUACCUCCCACCGAAGGUCCCAGUUAGCAAUGUUAACAGACCCUCUCGGUUUCCUAGCCCUCCUGCACCCCUUCCCAUUCCAACCAGAAUAACCCAGGGAAAAUCCCAACCCGUUUACCCCACACCUUUUCCCAUACUGGCUCCUCCGACACCGCUGCCCUAUCAAGCUUUUCCUUCAUGGCCACCUCCGCCCGUGCCUGUGUUUGACUCAUCGGUGCCUCCUCCGGGUUACGUUCCUGUGAGCGCUUCACUCCACAAAGCCACAGUGGAUGGAGUGAUGGCUGCUGUGGCUGUUGAGCUCAGGGCAAUAGUGAAGAAAGAUAUUCAUCGCAGGAUGAUCGAGGUCGUCGCUUUUGGGGAGUUUGAUCAGUGGUGGAAUGAGAACGAACGCACAGCUAAGAUAUCAACAGGUCAUCCUCAGCCUGUGGACAGUAAAGAGAAAGAAUUUGUAAAACCCAGAGAUUUGGACCAGUGGAAGACUGUCGAGAGUGUGGGGGCAGAUGGCACAACAUUGGGCACAGGACUAAGUGUGGGUCUAAGAUCUGCUCUUAAACUUCCUUCAUUUAAGGUAAAACGGAAGGACCCCUCUAGUGAGGACUCUGUAAAGACCAAAAGGUUGUGCCCUUUAUCACCUGGUCAGAGACUCUCUGCAGAAACAGAAGCAGAGCAGCAGACGUAUACGGAGGAAGAAGCUGUAAAUGAGCCCAAAACAGACCAUGAGGUCUCUGUGGUGAAACGGCGGCAUGCCAGGCCUCUGGAACUCGACAGUGACGAGGAAAAGGAGGAAGAGGGGAAGGAGGAGGAACAGAAUUUAAGAAAAUGGGAUAAUUCAGGGCCUGAAAAUGAAGACAUGAAGGAACGAGAGCUUUCUAAUAAUGAUCAGGAUAAGAGUGACAAAAAUGAAGAGUGGACCUCAGCUGAUAGACAGGAUGAAAGUCACUCAGAUCAAGAAGUAAUCAGCACAGCAUCACCGGAGUCCUUAUCCUUCAUUGAAGUGGAUUCCAGCUCCACAGUCUCCCCAACAUCUGACUUAAGCUCUUCCUAUGAGAGUCGGUACUCUUCUGAGUACUCUUCAGACUCUGCAUCCACUUUUGAGGAGGAUGAUGAAGAUGAGGGUGAAUCUCUGUCCUCUGAGGCUGCUGAAGAGCAGACGGCACCAGAGGAAAUCUGGAUCUCAUCAGAUGAAGAAGGUGAAAAUGAGCAGAUCAUUAGCAGUCCUGCUGGUUUCUCCGUGAACUCCUGGGAGGAUGAGCUCGACCCUCCGCUGACACCGUCCGCUCCAUUUUUUAAUGCUGAAGACCUGGACGAAGAUCUACUGAGUCUUCCCAGGGACCCAGGUCAAGAGGAGGAGCUGCGGGUGCGAGUGUUUCUGCACAGUUAUGGCUGUCAGGAUCCAGUCAAGCAGCACUUAUCCAACAAACUAGACCUAACAGACCCAGCUUUGCUUUCAACCAGAGAACUAGAGCUGCAGUAUCCACCAUCACCAUCCUACAGAGCAUCGUCCUCAGAUGAGGGGUUGGAGACUCAAUCAGAAACAGAACUGGAGGAUCCUAUUUACAGACCAGAUUUACUGGAGGAUUCUGGGAACCUUAGACCCCCCACACCCACUGGCUCCCAGUCUGAUAGCGACCCCGAACUCGAACUCGGACACAGACUCUCACUCCCUGCGUCUGAGGAAGAAGAACGACCUCCUACUCCAGGUGGAGGUUUUGAGACAGAGAUGGAAACUCCUGUUCUGUCUCCUGCUCGUGCUUCACCGCUCCCUCCUCCACCUUCUCCUACAGGCGCCCAUGACUAUCCUUCUCCUCCUCUCUACUUAUUCCCUCCUCUUCUGCCCCUAUACCCUGCUUAUGAGGAGACACCCAAAACUCCAGGCCGAAACAAAGAGGAGCUUCAUCAUUCUGUGGGUUUAAAAUCAUCACUCAGGAUGGCCAUGCACAGCCCGUUUUCGCCUUCCUUUCUUUCCGUGUCGCCUCAUGCAGGAAAUGGGAUUCCCAGGACUCCGGGACGAGACGUAAACCCUAUGUCACCUCUUUCUGAGGAAAGUGAGGUCAAUUUUAAUCAAAGGGAGAGUCUGCGGCAAAGGGGUCGAUGGCAGCAACAUUCACACCCUUACUGGGUGCAUAGCGCCAGCUCGUCACCUCACUCCUCAGACUCCUCAGGUUCAGAAACAUCAAACUCAUUUCACCCUCGACAGCAACCGAGUUUAUCCUCGAAUCAGUUAGAACGUUUAGAUGUUUUGCAACUCAGGAAAAAAAGAGAACGACUUCAGCACAAACGAAGAAUGAUGUUUAUGCACCAAAACAAGCACAAAACAGACACCUCAGAUGUACCUCUGAGCAGGGAGUUACAGCGAAUAGACGUUCAGGCCAAAAAGCCACUUCAGGGCCUAGAAAAUCGCCUGGACAACCAACUAGAGACUGAGCUUCACCAGAAGGCACUAGGUCACCGAAAGGCCCUGUACUCAUACAGAAACAGGACAUCAUGCCCACGUCAAUUCACUCCACGCUCCAAGCGCAGAGAGAGGUUGCUUAUCAAUGCUGUCUGGACUAAGGGUGUGAACAUGGAGGAGAUCGGUCACCUGAAGGCCUCUUACGAGAGGAUGCUGCAGCAGGACGAUGCCCAUGAUUGGCUCACCAGCACACAUUGGGUCCCCCAUCCUCAUUCCAGUUCACCCAGCAGUGCUCCUGUAGAAUGGCCGACAAAGUCGAACUGCAUUCGGUAUCACCUGACAGGAUGUGCCCGCACCGAGGGAUAUUACAUCAUCAGCAAGAGGGACAAAUUGCAGUACCUCCAAGACAGUCACACAGUUUCAGAGGAAGAAACAACAGACACCCGGUGUAAGAACACGCAGACUCAGUUCUCAUCAUCAUCCCGGUCCGGAUCAGAUUUUCGGGCUGAACAGCGCCGCCUGCUGUCUUCCUUCAGCUGUGACAGUGACCUGCUCAAGUUCAACCAGCUCAAGUACCGUAAGAAGAAGCUGCGCUUCAGCAGGAGUCGAAUUCAUGAGUGGGGUUUGUUUGCAGAAGAGCCAAUAGCUGCUGAUGAAAUGGUGAUUGAGUAUGUGGGAGAGAGCAUCCGUCAGGUAAUAGCUGAUAUGCGUGAGAGACGCUACGAGCAGGAAGGCAUCGGUAGCAGCUACCUGUUUAGAGUCGACCUGGACACCAUCAUCGACGCUACCAAGUGUGGCAACCUGGCCCGGUUCAUCAACCACAGCUGUAAUCCAAACUGCUAUGCGAAAGUCAUCACGGUUGAAGCUAAAAAGAAAAUAGUCAUCUAUUCUCGCCAGCCGAUCGGUGUCAACGAAGAGAUCAUGUAUGAUUAUAAAUUCCCCAUCGAGGAUGAGAAAAUACCUUGUCUGUGUGGAGCAGAGAACUGCAAAGGAACUCUCAACUAGCAACAAUGCUAUUUUAUGCCACUUAGAGGGCUAUGUAUAUAAAAAUAGAUAUAUUCUUUAGUUAUUUUACACAAAGAGGACUCUUAUAAUGGUACUUAAUGUU